AUGGCGCUCACAGUCCUGAAAGCAUGGAAGUUUGUGCAAGGUGGUUUAUGCAAGAUAUUGCUGUUCAAGUGUUUGACUGUCCGAGAUCUUCAGUUACUUCUUCCUCGCCUGAUGGAAACACGUGCUGAUCAUGGAGUCUAUUUCAAGAAGGCGCUGUUUGUACCAAGUUUAUCUGUGUAUAACAAAGUCGGAUCCCAAGCAUCAACAUUGUCUGAUUCUCAAGUUGAUCUAUCAUGGCAGUUCAAUCUUCAAAGAGUGUGGGAAAAUCUCGUGCAAAGCAACAAAAGGAUGAGAACCUUGAACACAUCAUGUUUUGCUAGCUCGUCACGAAGUUUGUUUCAACAGAUUUUAGUUUCAUAUGUUUCUGUCUUACUCAUAAUGGUUAACAUUGAUGGCUAUAAAAAGGUGCUUGCAUCUCGUCGUCUUGUUGAAGUGGAUCACCAAGGUUAUCCUACAUGGUUUUCUACUGAUGACCGUAUCUUGUUGUCUGAGCUCCAAAAAGGAGUAGCUCGGCCCAACACCAUUGUGGCCAAGGAUGGUAGUGGCCAAUAUAAAACGAUUACAACCGCUAUUAACUCGUACCCUAAGAAUCAUCAAGGAAGAUAUGUUAUAUAUGUUAAAAUGGGUGUCUACUAUGAGUAUAUUACUAUCGACCCUAAAAAAAUUAAAAUUUUAUUAUACGGUGAUGACCCUACAAACACAAUUAUCACUGGAAACAAGAGCGUUCAGAAUGGACUCAAAACAGACAAAACAGCCACAUUUUCCACCUUUGGUAAAGAUUUUAUUGCCAUGUCAAUUGCAUUUGAGAAUAAAGCUGGUCCAAAAGCUCAACAAGCAGUAGCGCUUCUUGUUGAAGGUUAUCACUCACUAUUCUUCCGGUGUGCAUUUCUUGGUUAUCAAGAUGCAUUGUACGCAAACAAGGGUAGUCAAUUCUACCGUAACUGUUAGAUGAUUGGUACUACCUUGAUUCAGAACUCUAAGAUCUUGGUGAGGAAGCCCAUUCAAGGACAACAAAACGUUGUGGUGGCAGAUGGCUCAUCUCACAAGGACACACACACUGGAAUAGUUCUUCAAAACUGUUCCAUUAUGCCACACAUUGAGCUAUAUCCUUAUCAGCUUACAGUGAAGACUUACUUGGCAAGGCCAUGGAAGGAUUUUUCAAGGGCGGUCUUCAUUAACAAUUAUUUUGAUGAAUUUAUUCAAAGAGAUGGAUAUAUGAUAUGGAAUAUUAAUGAAACAAACACUAAAAACUUGUACUUUGUUGAGUUUGGCAAUAUUGGACCCGAUGCCAAUGCUACAACAAGAGUUAAAUGGGCAAAAGGUGUCAUUACAAAAGAUGAAGCUGUUAGAUUUACUGUUGAACCAUGGCUUAAUGCUAGCACUUGGUUGCCUUUCAAUGGUGUGCCAUGCAAUAAAGGAAUAUAG